CCUUGAGUGCUCCAGUACCGAUUCUAACCAUUUAGUCCAAUUCCCCUACCCUCGGGUCUUUUUAACGACGCUUGUAUACCCCUUGCCAUGCAUUUGUUCCACAUAUAGGACCUCCAAACCGUGCGCCAAUCUAUUACCACCCUGUUUCCUACCGUUGCGAUGGCUUCGAAAGGAGCCGUUUUGCCUCUCUUGAGGCGCGAACUGCGACCAGCUGCCUCCCGAUUCUCAAGAGCUUCUUUCUCAUCUGCCGCAGCCCCUCUUCGGAGCUCUAGAAGCUCGGCUUUGGCUUCCGGUCGGAGGACAACCCGUCAGGCAGCACUCUUCACACCAAGCCGGACUCUCGGCCAAUUUCGAUGCUUCUCGCAGUCGCUAUCCAACAAGCUCACAGACGAGGAUGGCCAUUUUGAUCCCCGCCAAGUGGAGAGAGAAUCGGACGAGGUCGAUGUUUGUAUCGUUGGUGGCGGCCCUGCUGGUCUUGCCUCUGCGAUUCGCUUAAAGCAGCUGGCCAAUGAAGCUGGUAACGAAGAGUUUCGUGUUAUUGUGUUGGAAAAGGCUGGCGAGAUAGGCGCACAUAUUCUCUCGGGCAAUGUUCUAGAACCGACCGCUAUCAAUGAGCUUUUGCCAGAUUGGCUCUCGGAGGAUAACCCCUCAAGAUUCGAGGGUGCCACGCCGGCCAAAGGAGACAAGAUGCGCUUUUUAACUAAGAACUCGGCAAUUCCAAUUCCUGCGCCACCGCAGAUGAACAAUCACGGCAAUUAUAUCAUCAGCUUGAACGAGCUGACCAAAUGGCUGGGUGAGCGAGCCGAGGAACUGGGUGUGGAAAUCUACCCUGGCUUUGCUGCCAGUGAGCUAGUCUACAAGCCGGAUGGGUCGGUGCUUGGUGUCGCAACCAACGAUCUCGGAAUCGGCCGUGAUGGAAAAGCCAAGGAGAGUUUCGAGCGUGGUAUGGAGUUCCACGCUCGUAUAACCCUGCUGGCAGAGGGUUGUCAUGGUAGUUUGACAAAGCAGGUCAUCAAAAAGUACGAUCUUAGACGCGAUAGCCAACCGCAAACCUAUGGAAUCGGUCUGAAGGAAGUCUGGGAAAUUCAGCCGGAGAAGUUUAAGUCUGGGGAGAUUAUUCAUUCUAUGGGCUACCCGCUUCCCAAGGAUACCUAUGGCGGAGCUUGGUUGUAUCAUUUCGGUGAUAAUAUGGUCAGUGUUGGGAUGGUGGUUGGCCUUGAUUAUCCUAACCCGUGGCUCUCGCCAUAUGGGGAGUUCCAGAAGCUCAAGCACCAUCCUCUCUUCAAGGAGGUCCUGGAGGGUGGUAAGUGCAUUUCGUAUGGUGCCAGAGCCCUGAACGAGGGUGGCUUCCAGUCAAUCCCGAAGUGUGCAUUCCCUGGUGGCGCCUUGAUCGGUGAUACUGCUGGAUUUUUGAAUGUUCCUAAGAUCAAGGGUACCCACUCGGCUAUGAAGUCAGGUAUGCUGGCUGCUGAAUCCGCUUUCUCGGCAUUGCAGGGUAAAGCGGACGAUGGAACCGUUUUCCUCUUUGACUAUGAGGAUGCUCUUCGAAAGUCGUCGAUCUGGAAGGAGCUGUAUGAGGUGCGCAACAUGAGACCUUCCUUUAGUACUCCACUCGGCCUUUACGGCGGCAUCAUGUAUUCCGGGUUGGAAGCCUAUCUUUUCAAGGGCAGGACCCCAUGGACGCUCAAGCAUCACGGUACAGAUGCUGCAGCCACCAAGCAAGCUUCUGAGUGUGAGAAGAUCGAGUACCCCAAGCCGGAUGGCGUCAUCAGCUUCGAUAUUUUGACCAGCGUCAGUCGGACCGGUACCAAUCACGAGGAAGAUCAGCCGGUACACUUGCAGGUGGCAGACUGGGACAAGCACAAGGACAUUGCUUGGCCUAAGUACAAGGGGGUUGAGAACCGGUUCUGCCCCGCUGGAGUGUAUGAAUAUGUUGAAGAUUCGACCAAGGAGCACGGUGUUCGGUUCCAAAUCAAUGCUCAGAACUGCAUUCACUGCAAGACCUGUGACAUUAAGGUGCCGACACAAGACAUCAAUUGGCAAACCCCUCAAGGUGGUGAGGGUCCUAAAUAUUUCAUGACCUGAUCGACUCCGGUAUUGGAACUAGGUACCUAUGGUCAUCACUAGAUUUUGUUCAAAUAUCUCUGUUUCUUUUUUUAUGGUGGUAGUGACUUGCUCCACAAUAUGUUCUGGUGGGGUAGAGAAUGGGAACCACAGAAAACCAAAUAAAAACAAUAUUUCAUAGUAUGAUCCCUUAUAGAUGAAGUGGAAGAGUUGGUACUGCGACUUUACAGCAACGUACCUCAAAUCGGUCUUGCGGCUCAACCCCGUGGGGAUUUGAUGGGACGGAACCGUGGAAAUACCUCGAAAGGUACGGUGUACUCCGAGUAUAUAGGAUCCAUUUGGAUGUAUGUCCAAACAUACAAACAUGUACUCCGUACCAGUGCCAGUGAGGAUAC